AUGACAAGUUUUGCUGAAUCCCUGUUGAGGCUACGCAAUGCCUUUGCGUGCGGGAAGAGCCAUUCUGUGGAAUUUCGCAUCAGUCAGUUACAGUCCCUGAUCAGACUGCUCGAGGAGAAUGAAGCGACACUCCUCAACGUUCUCGACCAGGAUCUGCACAAGUCGAAGUUUGAGGCAAUGAUUGCUGAGAUUGGAUUUGUGAAAAACGAAGCAAUUUCUGCAAUGAAUAACAUCAAAAGCUGGGUCACAGUCGAGUUCGUGGAGAAGACAUUUGUAACCAAGCUGGACCAAUGCUUCAUCCGGAAGGAGCCAUUCGGAGUGGCACUGAUCAUCGCAGCCUGGAGCCACCCCGUUCAGCUGCUGCUAACCCCCCUGGUUGGAGCCAUCGCUGCAGGCAACUGCGUUGUCCUCAAGCCGUCUGAAGUGAGUGUGAACACGGCGGCUCUGCUCAGCAAACUCAUCCCCCAGUAUCUGGACAAGGACUGUUUUGCUGUGUACAGUGGAGGGCCAGUCGAAACAAGGAAACUUCUGCAGUAUAAAUUUGAUUAUAUCUUUUACACAGGGAACAGUGCAGUGGGGAAGGUCAUCAUGAAAGCUGCUGCAGAACAUUUGACUCCUGUAACUUUGGAGCUUGGAGGCAAGAACCCAUGCUACAUCGACCAGAGUUUUAAUCUCGAGAGCACAGCCCAGCGCCUAGUCUGGGGAUGUUUCUUUAACACUGGCCAGUGCUGCAUCUCUCCAGAUUAUGUGCUCUGCAGUAAAGAGGUACAGGAACAGUUGGUCCCAGCCAUCAAACAGUGUCUGAAGAAAUUCUAUGGUGAAGAACCAAAAGAAAGUGCCGACUAUGGACGAAUAAUCAAUGAUCAUCAUUUCAAUCGCCUCCAAAAACUCCUCAACUCUGGCCAGGUGGCGAUAGGAGGCGAGACAGACAAACAGGACAGAUAUAUCGCUCCGACAGUCCUGGUAGACGUAAUGGAAUCUGAUGCAGUGAUGCAGCAGGAGGUUUUUGGUCCAAUUCUGCCUAUCAUCAACGUCAACUCCAUGGAGGAAGCCAUCGCCUUCAUCAACAGGCACCAGAAACCGCUGGCCCUCUACGUUUACGCCACUAACACUAAGGUGGUGAAUGAAAUACUGGAGAAAACCAGCAGCGGGGGCUUCUGUUCCAAUGAGAACAUGGUGCAGUUGACUCUCAACACGUUGCCCUUCGGAGGGAUUGGUAAGUCUUCCACUUGGUGCUCAGACCCAUACAACAGAGUGGGAAAGGCCCAGACUCCAGCCGCGGCCUGUGCCCCUCAUUCACUCAUACACACGCUCUCUCAGAUUCACUGA